AUGACGGACAACCAGGCAGGAAGCGAGACGGGCAAGACAGAAGGUGCUCCAGGUUCGCACUCGGAACUAUUUGGGCUCCAAGGCCAGAAGAGAGCAUCGACAACCGCAGGCGCUGGAGCAGGAGGAGGCAUAAUCGGGACCAGUGGGCAUGCUGGCGCGGCAAAUAAGGGCGUUGAUCUAGACUCGGGGAGCGACAUUCAGAACGCAGGUGUUGCGGGCGUCGCUGAGGGAGGGAAGAGCUCUACCAUCACAGGAUCUGGCGGAGAGACUCUCACUCCAAGCCAAGGAAGCGGAAAUGUUCGACCAGCAGGCGAAGAGAAGGGCGUCUUUGACAAGUUGAACCCUUUAAAUCGAGAAUUUACCAACUCCUUCGACAACGACGACGAGCUCGAUCACGAAGACAAGAUUUACUUUGCUCCGCCGCCGCAUUCUCCCAGGUCCGCAGCGUCAUCCUCGAGUCCUCCGUCCCCGCGACCACCCCCCUUCUCCUCUCUCUACUUCCCUACCGACGCCGAGCUCGAUCGUAUCAGAGCAACUGUCACCGAGACUCAUUGCGACUCGCUUCUAGCCUCUGCCCCGGCACCCUCCUUUGAGGAGGCUCUCGCCGUAGACGAACCCGGGACCAAGGCAGAGCGCGAGACAAAAGCUGCCCUUCCACAAGAUACCAAGGCUCAGUCUUCUUCGGGCAAAGCCGUUGACGACGCAGAGCCCCCGCCUCCCUAUACUGAAGGUUCUAGUCCUCUAGAGUCUUUCACAUACCUCAUGGCGGCAGCAGGCGGUGCGGCCAGUAUCAUCACACAGGUUCAGCAAACAGGUCCACCAAUCAACACUCUAGGAGGGGAAGCAGCAGCUGAUGAACACAUCACGUUGAGCUUGAGAGGAACGCACUUCACACUCUCCCGUGAUGAACUGUUGACCCUUCCCGAAUUCGUGUUGCUAUCAUUAUUCCCCAACGGUCUCCUCCCCGAUGGCCAUAUGAACUCGUUUCAUGAAGGCGAUGUCUAUCCCGUUGACUAUGACCCCGCCUCCCUUCAGUAUAUGUUAAACUUUUUCCGAGAUGUGGCUCAAUCAAUACCCUCCACAUCUCCCUCCCCGACCACCCCACCAGAGCAUGAUCCCAUAUCGAUCGAGCCAUUACAAGGUUCGACCAAAGAUAUGCUCCAAGAUCGGGCCGGGAUUAUUGUCUUGAGAGAAGAUCUUGACUUCUACGUCAUUCCUCCUCGAGCAGACAUUGAGCAGCCGGAAAUGACAGAAAUCAAACGUGCUGCGGGGAAAUCCCUACUCAAGCAAGACGGAAUUUUCUCCGGUCUAAAGCGGAGUGAAGAAGCAGGGACUACGGAGCAGCAUUUGAUUGAAAUGCUUACCGCAGGCGGUUUUAAUCACGAUGAUGCCUGGGGCCAUCGAGCAGGAGAGCCAAACAAGGCCGUCAUUUGCAGCUUGGCUCUUGCAAGACUGCGGACUGAUAUCAAAGGAGAUCUGGCAGGGAGCAACGUUGUGGGCAUGGCUCAAAAACUACUCCUCUUCUGGCGAAAACCUGCCCGGCGAUGCUGGUGGGAGGGCGUUGAGCUCAUGGAUGUGGAUGGAGUCGAGGGUAAACUCAAAGUGUGGAUUCGACGAGUGUGGACCCUCGAGAUGGUGAGCAUCCUUGCGCACGGCUGA